AUGAUAACAGCUCGCAGGUUCAUUCCAUUCAGGUUCACUGUACAUAUUCCUUGUUCAUAUCAAGAACCAAAAGGAAUGUAUAAAUUGCGUCUGUCAGUUGCGAUUUUCCAUCACGAUUUAGAUAUGGCUGCCUUUACACCUCUGAAUUUUUCACUAAUUAUUGUUCUUUUAGUCAUAGCAAGCAACGCAUUCUCAAUAAAAGAAGCAAGCAUAGAUGAUCUCCAGCUUGCUUUUAAGCAGAACAAACUUACCUCAAGGAAACUUGUUAAGUUCUAUAUUAAAGAAGUUGACAGACUCAAUCCAGUCCUUAAAGGGGUUCUAGAAGUAAACCCUGAUGCACUCUUACAAGCUAAUCAGGCUGACUACGAGCGCAGGAUUAAGGCACCAGGUUCAUCAGUUGGUUUGCAUGGCAUUCCUAUUCUUCUCAAAGAUCUAAUUGCGACCAAGGAUAAGAUGAACAACACGGCGGGAUCUUUUGCACUUCUCGGAUCAGUUGUGCCUCGCGAUGCAGGUGUUGUCAUGAAGUUAAGGAAAGCUGGAGCUAUUAUAUUUGGAAAAGCUAGCAUGACUGAGUGGGCUGCUUUUAGGUCUCUUACACUUCCUAAUGGCUUUAGUCCUAGAGGUGGCCAGGGAAAGAAACCUUAUAAUCUAUCAGCACAUCCUUGGGGAUCAAGCAGUGGGUCAGCAAUAUCAGUAGCGGCAAAUAUGGUAGCAGUUUCACUAGGUACCGAGACUGAUGGCUCCGUCUUAUGUCCGUCCAAUGCAAACUCAGUGGUGGGUAUAAAACCAACAGUAGGUCUCACCAGCCGUGCUGGAGUUAUCACAAUUUCUCCUAGACAGGACACCAUUGGGCCUCUCUGCAGGACAGUAUCGGAUGCUGUUCAUGUUCUUGAUGCCAUUGUAGUUGUUGAUUCCAACGAUAAUGAAACCAAAGCAGCAUCAAAGUAUAUUCCGUGUGGUGGGUACAAACAAUAUCUGAAGCCUAAUGGGGUCAAAGGGAAGAGACUUGGAAUAGUAAGGAAUCCGUUCUUGAGUUUUGUCAGUGAACCUGAGAGUCAAGCUUUUGAGAACCAUCUCCAGACACUAAGGAAACCAAACAAACUUCAAGAACUAAUACAAGAAGGUGCAGUUUUACUAGACAACUUGGAAAUAGCCAACAUCAGUACUAUCUUAAAUUUUGCCGCGAGUGGUGAAGCAACAGCAUUGCUUGCUGAGUUUAAAAUAUCUCUAAAUGCAUACCUGAAAGAGCUGGUGUCUUCCCAAGUGCGAACCUUAGCCGAUAUUAUAGCAUUCAACCAGCAAUUUGCAGAUUUGGAAUAUCUCAGCGAAUAUGGACAAGACAUCUUUCUAGGAGCUCAGGCGACAGAUGGAAUCGGCAACGCAGAGAAUGCUGCAUUGUCAAAUUUAGCAGAACUUACAAGAAAUGGAUUUCAGAAGCUGAUGAAAGAUAAUAAGCUGGAUGCCUUGGUGACACCUGGUUCAUUUGUUUCUCCUGUCCUAGCAAUUGGAGGAUUCCCAGGAAUCAAUGUCCCUUCAGGUUAUGAUAAUAUGGGGGUGCCUUUCGGCAUUAGCUUUGGAGGAUUGAAGGGUACAGAACCAAAGCUGAUUCAUAUUGCAUUUGGCUUCGAGCAGGCUACUAAGAUCCGGAAGCCUCCUACAUUCAAAUCAAAAGAAAUAAAUAAUAUCUUGGAAACCAAUAAGCUGUAA